AAAGUGAACACGCAUACUCCACCAGAAUUCAUCUCGCUGGCUUCUUUUUCCCUCUUCAAAUUUAAAUAGAAACCAAAAAAUAAACACUGCCAGCGAUUCCUCACCGGAAACCUCACUAGGUCACAUAAUUAUCACCGGCACUGUCACCGUCACCAGAAUUAACGAGAUGUUGAAGUUUUUUAACAGAGGUAGAGAUACUGACAGCGAUACCUCACCGGAAACCUCUCCGAUUGCCUCCCGGUCGUCCACGUCGGCAGAGACUCCUGUGACAGGACCAGCUAGACCGAUCAGGCUUGUUUACUGCGAUGAAAGGGGAAAGUUCCGGAUGGAUCCAGAAGCAGUCGCUACACUCCAGCUUGUUAAAGGCCCAAUCGGCGUCGUUUCGGUCUGCGGUCCUUCUCGUAAGGGCAAAAGCUUCAUUUUAAAUCAGCUAUUAGGGAGGAGUAGUGGAUUUCAAGUAGCGUCGACGCAUAGGCCGUGUACUAAAGGACUUUGGCUAUGGAGUGCACCAUUAAAGCGAACUGCUCUUGAUGGAACUGAGUACAACUUGCUACUUUUAGAUACUGAAGGAGUCGAUGCAUAUGAUCAAACGGGGACGUAUAGCACUCAGAUAUUUACGUUAGCUGUUUUGUUAUCGAGCAUGUUCAUUUACAAUCAGAUGGGCGGUAUAGAUGAAUCUGCUAUUGAUCAUCUCUCUCUUGUCACUGAAUUGACAAAACAUAUUCGAGUGAGAGCUUCAGGAGGAAAGGCUACAGUAUCAGAACUCGGACAAUUCUCACCUAUAUUUGUUUGGCUUCUAAGGGACUUCUAUCUUAAUUUAGUAGAGGAGGGUAAGAAAAUAAGUCCUCGCGACUAUUUAGAGAUAGCUUUAAGGCCAGUUCAAGGCCGUGCUGGAGAUGUAGCUGCCAAAAAUGCGAGUCGGGACUCCAUUCGAGCUCUUUUUCCUGAUAGAGAAUGCUUUGCCCUUGUGAGGCCUGUACAAGAGGAACAUGAUCUACAACGUUUGGAGCAAUUGCCGUUGACCAGGUUGAGACCAGAAUUUAGAGCCGGAUUGGAUGCAUUGACAAAGUUUGUUUUUGAGAGGACAAGGCCUAAGCAAGUUGGAGCCACAAUAAUGACAGGUCCUAUUCUUGUUGGUAUCACAGAAUCUUAUUUGUCGGCUCUUAAUAAUGGCGCAGUGCCCACAAUAUUCACAUCAUGGCAGAGUGUCGAAGAAACUGAAUGUCGAAAAGCACAUGAUACCGCCAUGGAGGUCUACAAAACGUCUUUUGAUCAUUCAAAGUUACCCGAGGAAGGUUCUUUGAGGGAAGCACAUGAAGAAGCAGUUCGGAAAUCACUGGAUGCAUUUAAUGGUGGUGCCGUAGGGAUUGGCGAGGCAAGGAAGAAAUAUGAAGGGCUUCUUCAUAAAGAGUUGAAAAAGGCAUUUGAGGAUUAUAAGAGGACUGCAUUUAUGGAGGCAGACUUGAGAUGCUCAAAUGCUAUACAGAAAAUGGAACGGACGCUUAGGACAGCUUGUCUUGCUUCAAAUGCAAAUGUGGAUAAUGUCGUAAAGCUUCUUGAUGGUCUGCUAUCUGACUAUGAUACAUCAUGUCAUGGACCGGGAAAGUGGCAGAAACUAGCCAUUUUCCUACAACAAAGUUUGGAAGGCCCGAUAUAUGACCUUUCUAAGAGGCUUAAUGAUCAAAUUGGAUCUGAGAAGACUUCCCUCAUGUUAAAAUGUCGUUCUAUUGAGGAUAAGAUGGCAUUGGUUAACAAGCAACUAGAAGCUAGCGAGAAACAUAAGUCUGAAUAUAUGCAACGUUAUAACGAAGCUAUCAAUGAGAAAAAGAAGCUUGCCGAUGACUAUAUGAAACGCAUAUCUGAUCUUCAAAGCAGUCGCAGUUCGCUGGAUGAGAGGUGUUCAAGUUUACUGAAAGCUUUGGAUUUGGCCAAGCAAGAGUCUUCAGAUUGGAAAAGAAAGUAUGACCAGGUCUUAUCGAAACAAAAAGCUGGUGAAGAUCAGACCAACUCAGAAAUUGCAAUUCUCAAGUCUAGAAGCAGUGCUGCUGAAGCUAGGUUGGCUGCUGCUCAUGAACAAACUAGGUCAGCUCAAGAAGAGGCAGCAGAGUGGAAAAGAAAAUAUGAUAUUACCGUGAGGGAAACUAAAGCUGCUUUAGAGAAGGCAGCAAUUAUACAAGAACGGACAGGUAAAGAGACACAGUUGAGAGAAGAUGCUCUGCGAGAGGAAUAUUCUAGCCUUUUGGCUGAAAAGGAAAGAGAAAUUAAAGAGAAAUAUGGGAGAAUUGAGCAUGCAGAGCAGUGUCUGACUACCUUAAACUUGGAGUUAAAGGCUGCUGAGUCAAAAAUGAAGAGUUAUGAUUCUGAAAUAUCAUCCCUAAAGCAUGAAAAUAAGGAGUUGAUUGAGAGACUUGAGUCUACAAAUGCGAAGGCUCUUUCUUAUGAAAGAGAAGCUAGAAUAUUGGAGCAAGAGAAGAUCCAUCUCGAACAGAAGUACCAAUCUGAGUUUGCAAGGUUUGCAGAAGUCCAGAGUAGGUGUAGUCGUGCUGAAACUGAAUCAAAAAGGGCUACUGAAUUGGCUGAUAAGGCACGUGCUGAUGCAGUUUCUGCCCAAAAGGAAAAGAGCGAUUUUCAAAAAUUGGCAAUGGAAAGGUUAGCCCAAAUUGAGAGGGCACAGUGGAAUAUCGAAAGUUUGGAAAGAGAGAAAAAUGAUUUAGCAGAUGAAGUUGACAGGCUGCGUCUAACAGAGAUGGAGGCUGUCUCGAAAGUUGCCCUUUUGGAGGGAAGAGUUGAAGAAAGGGAGAAAGAAAUCGAGCAGCUGCUCAAAUCAAAUAAUGAAGAGAGGUCAAGUAAUGUUAAAGUCCUUAAAGAUCUUCUGGAAGCUGAGCGAAAAGCCCAUAGCAUCGCUAACAAACGAGCAGAGGAUUUCUCUCUUCAGUUGGAAGAAGCCAGGGCAAAACUCGAUGCACUUCAACAAGAGUUUACAUCAGUUCGUUUGAACGAGUCUGCAUUGGAUGGUAAACUCAAGGCAGCUUCCCAUGGCAAACGUGUAAGAAUUGACGACGUUGAGAUGGGUGUAGGAUCUGUUCAAGAGACGGGCACAAAUGACAAAAGGCGGAAUAAAAAAUCGAGGAGCACUAGCAGCCCUCUAAAGUACACACAUCCAGAAGACGGCGGAUCAGUUUUCAAGGGCGACGAGGAUAACCAGAGUCAACAAACUGAUCAGGAAGAUUAUACAAAGUUCACAGUCCCAAAACUUAAGCAGGAACUGACAAAACAUAAUUUUGGCGCGGAACUUCUUCAGUUGAAAACCCCAGCCAAGAAAGACAUUCUCGCCUUAUAUGAGAAAUUUGUUCUGCGCAAGUCGUAAGAGUCUUAGCUUGUAUAGUAGAGGUUGCUUGUAACCUACUGGAAGUUUAGGGUUAUUUAGGUCGAGAAUAGAGGUAAUCUUUUAAGUUUUCAAUGGUUUGGUUUCUUGGCUUGCUUUAACUUAUAUGUCGAUCUUGUUUGUGUAACCAUUAGGAAUGUUUGUCAGAUCUUGUUUGUGUAACAGUUAGGGCUGUUCAUGCUGCAUCAGGGUGGCUUUUCAUUU